UAUUUGUCGAUUCAAAAACCCUAGCUACCACAGUACGUUCAUCGUCAUCUUCUCGUUUGCUUCUUCACUGUAAACUGGAGAAAAGCCAAAGGAGAAAUGGGGGAAAAGAGAAAGAAGAGAGAAAGAGAAGAAUUAAUUGAAGGAGAUAAAGAGACUAAUAAUAAUUAUGAAAGCAGCAAUAAGAAGAAGAGGGAGAUACUACCAUCGAUGAUAAAAAACAAAGAGAAGAGAUCAUCCGUACACGCCAAGCUCAAGCACCAGAAGAAGCUCGAGAAGCGCAAGAAACUCAAGGCCCGUGAUGCCGCCGAGAAACUAGCUCUCGAGCUCGGUGAGGAGCCUCCGCCAAAGAUGGUCCCUCGCACUAUCGAAAAUACACGGGAGCCCGAUGAAACCGUAUGCAGGCCCGAUGAUGAUGAGCUUUUUGCUGGUAAUGAUGCGGACGAAUUUAGUUCAGUACUAAAGCGUGAACGUAUGCCAAAGAUAUUGAUCACAACAUGCCGUUUCAACUCCACAAGAGGACCAGCUUUUAUAUCAGAACUACUUACGGUCAUCCCAAAUGCAUACUAUUUCAAGAGAGGAACCUAUGACUUGAAGAAGAUUGUAGAAUAUGCUAAUAACAAGGACUUCACUUCUAUCAUUGUUGUGCACACCAAUCGCAGGGAACCAGAUGCUUUUCUAAUCAUUGGCUUGCCUGAUGGACCGACUGCCCAUUUUAAGCUCUCCAAGCUUGUUUUGCGCAAGGAAAUUAAGAAUCAUGGAAAUCCUACUGGUCACUUGCCUGAGCUGGUAUUAAAUAACUUCACUACACGCCUGGGUCACCGCCUUGGGAGAUUGAUACAGUCUCUUUUUCCUCAAGAUCCUGAAUUUCGUGGUCGGCGAGUUGUAACUUUUCAUAAUCAACGAGAUUUUAUAUUCUUCCGGCAUCAUCGGUAUAUCUUUGAAACCAAAGAAAGCAAAGAAAAUGUUUCAAAAGGUAAUAAAGCGAAGGAAGACUCCAAAAACAAAAACACUAAGGGUGAGAAGAUCGCUAAAGAGAAAGUAAUAGCUCGCCUUCAGGAGUGUGGUCCCCGAUUCACACUGAAGUUGAUCAGCCUGCAGCAUGGAACAUUUGAUACCAAAGGUGGAGAAUAUGAGUGGGUUCAUAAGUCGGAGAUGGAUACUAGCCGCAGGCGGUUUUUUCUGUAACUUAACGUGGCCUUAAAAUUGAAGCAUUUUUGGUGGAGAAUUCUUAUCAACAGAGGCUGAAAUUUCUUUGCUUCAAUGUGCCGGAUACCUCUUAUUUCAAGAAUUGGGUUAGCAUAUGUAUAAUUUUUUGCUAAUUGUGUAUCCAGUUUGGGAUAAAAAUAAUUGUAGUUCAAUUAUAAGCAAUAAUUAUGUUAAUCAACAUAUUUAAUGGACCAAGUGUGAUGUAGGAGGAGUUUUUUUAGUUGUAAUUGAGGACCCGUCUGUAUUUUUUGAAUGGACAAAUUUGGAAUACAAUAAUUAGAUUUAUAA